AUGCUGUUGCGGUGCGGUGGACGUGUGAGUCGUCGGUCUGCUGGUGCGGCGUUGUGGAGUUGCAGGUGCAGGUGUAUAUCCUCGAAUGUCCGGGUUGACACAAGCACACUGGAGGUGACGCGGCGGAACGAGCUUGUUGCGGCGGACCCGCAGCGGUUCUUCCCCUCGAUGACACAGUGGGACGAUGCCGGGCAGUACACCCGUGUCUCUGUUGCCGAGUUUUCUCGGAGGUUCGGUUAUCUGACUGCGGUGGGGCAAGAUGCCCGCGAGGCGCGGGACCGUACGUCGUUGCACGGCAGGAUACGGAACAUCAGGCUGUCAGGGAAGAAGAUAUGCUUCAUUGAUCUGGUGGAGAACGAGGUUGGCCCCGGGGGGGCACUUCUGCCCACGCGGGAAAGCCAAACACAGAUCAUAGUGAAUUUCAGCAAGUUGCAACCACCGGUGGACGCUGAACAGUUUGCCAACCACAUAGAUCUUUUGAGGAGGAACGACUACGUUAGGUGUGUUGGUGUUCCCGGUGUCUCUGCGUCGAGGGCGCAGAACCUGUCUCUGAUAUGCGAGCAAUUGCCAGAUUUACUGGCGCCCAUCCAGUCGCCGCUGCCCUCGAAACUGUUGGACCAGACAAAGAUAAACAACAACAGGGUGGUCCAAUACCAGAUUUGCCCGACAGAUCUAGAGAGACUCGUGUUGAGGUCGAAAAUGAUCCAGUUGCUCAGAACGUUUUUGACGAGGACGCAGGGGUUCAUAGAGGUGGAGACUCCGAUCUUGUCCGCGAAGGCGAAUGGCGCAAACGCGACACCCUUCUCCGUGACGACGAAAUUCGACAACAAGAAUCUGGAGCUGCGCGUGGCACCGGAGCUGUGGUUGAAGCGGCUGAUCAUUAGUGGACUCAGCAAGAUCUUCGAAAUCGGGAAAGUGUUCCGGAACGAGGGGAUCGACAGCACUCAUAACCCGGAGUUCACCAUGUUAGAAUUCUACCAAACGUACGCAUCGAUGGAGGAUCUCAUUCGAUUGUCCCAAGACUUGUUCAAGUACGUACUGUUGCACUUACGGGACAGUUUGCCAUCCCAUUCCAACGAGAGUACGCUGACCAGGUUGAUCAUGACUUUGGAGGAGAACGACUGGCAGUUUAAAAGGGUCGAGUUUUUGACCACGUUAUCAGCUGAGAUGGAACGCGACUUUACCAGCGUGGAUCUGAACAAUGCUCGAGAGUUGCUCAAGAUGAUUCCAGAAGAGACAUGCUCCGUACUGUUCCCCGGUGCCCAAUUGAGGACUCUGUCCCCGCCGCAAAUCCUGAACAAACUGUGCUCGCAUUACAUAGAGGACCGCCAUUGCCAAUCGAUCCACCCAACGCUGAUCUACCACCACCCGCUUGCCAUGUCUCCUCUGGCGAAGACAAACCCGCUGGACCCGCAGACGACAAAACGGUUCGAACUGUUCAUCGAGGGUAAAGAGUACGUGAACGCGUACGAGGAGGAGAACUGUCCCUCGAUCCAAUUGCAGAAUUUCAUGAAGCAGCACGAGCAGCAACUGCAGUCAAGGGACAACGAGCUUCUCAGGGUCGAUCACGGGUACAUAGAGGCCAUGAAGUCCGGGAUGCCGCCGACGGGCGGGUUCGGUCUGGGAGUCGACAGACUGUGUAUGCUGCUGCUGGAUGCGGACAGGAUUGAAGAAGUGCUCCCCUUUGGAUCCCUUGACGACGUGAACAGACAGUGA